UCUUGGGCCGUUCCCUAGGUGAUUUCAUCCCGCAAAAUGGGUGAACCUCAGCAAGUGAGCGCUCUACCGCCGCCGCCCAUGCAGUAUAUAAAGGAGUACACGGAUGAAAAUAUCCGCAAGGGUCUGGCCCCGAAGCCGCCUCCCCCUGUGAAGGACAGUUACAUGAUGUUUGGGAACCAGUUCCAGUGUGAUGACCUGAUUAUUCGGCCCUUGGAAAGCCAAGGUAUUGAGCGGUUACAUCCCAUGCAGUUUGAUCACAAGAAGGAGCUAAGGAAACUUAAUAUGUCUAUUCUGGUCAACUUCUUGGACCUCUUGGAUAUCUUGAUAAGGAGUCCGGGGAGCAUAAAGCGAGAAGAGAAGCUGGAAGACUUAAAACUGCUUUUUGUGCACGUCCAUCACCUUAUAAAUGAGUAUCGCCCUCACCAAGCGAGGGAGACCCUGCGGGUCAUGAUGGAGGUGCAGAAACGUCAGCGUCUGGAAACAGCGGAGCGAUUUCAGAAGCACUUGGAGCGAGUUGUGGAGAUGAUUCAGAACUGCCUGGCCUCCUUGCCUGACGAUCUGCCUCACGCCGAGGGAGGGCUCAGAGUGAAGGCAGAGCCCAUGGAUGUCGAUGAUGGCAACUGCUGCCUUGGACAGAGUGAAAAGCAGAGGGAGCGCUCUGCUUGCAAGAGAGAUCAGGUUUUAGACAAAGAUGCAGCAAUGUGUAGCAUUAUUGAUGAAAUGACAUGAAAAAAAAACUUUUUUAACUACCUUACUGUAGCAAGGGGCAGAAUGAAUUCUAACGGUA